AUGUUUCAUCGGAACAGAGGUCGUGGCCGGCAUCUGCGAGCUCACUAUAUCUCCGGCUCACGCGUAGAAUCUGUAGUUGAAGUUUCCAUACACUCUAUUCUGUAUAUACGGGAGGUAUACCCUGCCGAGCUCUUCGUGCGUAGGAAGAAAUACGACACACCUGUUUACCAAUCUCGCCACCCUGGGUUGAACGAAUACAUUUCGGGAGCCAUUAAGGGUGUCUUCAACGAGCUCCUUCAGAAUAAUGUGGAGAAGGUGAUCAUCGUCAUCAAGAACAAGGAGGAUGUCCCUUUGGAACGGUUCAUCUUCGCCGUACAGCAUAUGAUCGAAGUGGAAGAGUCUCAGCGAAACUUGAGUGUCGAGAAUGCCACAGCAUACACGCCCUUAACGCAACUCUUCCGAUCCUUCCUGCUCAAGCUCAACAUGGUUGAAUCUCAACUUGAGCGACUGCCAUCGGAAAAGGACAACUCGUUCACCAUUGUGAUCGAAUCUCCAGAGGGGAAAGCACCCUCAGACCCGACAGAGGAUGAAGGCCCACCGCCAUGGACACCAGCCAUACCCGAACACACGACCUCCUCUGUCUCAGACAAAUCAGAACUGCACCUCCUCCGAGCCAUCGAGACAGGGAUCAUCAACGCAAGUGUCAUCUUCUCCUCCUCGCCUGCCAUUGCAAUGGGAGUACAAGAGUCUGAAGAGAAGUUCGAAUUACUCAAGGAUUCGCCUCCACAGCCUGGUGUCAAGCCUCUCACGAGCACAACCACUGGCAGCAUGGGGCCACCGCCACUUCCCCCGCAGUCACUGGAUCCACCAGUGCAAGACAAAGGCAAGGGAAAGGGUAAAAUACCGGUCUCAGUAGAGCAAAGCGUAGAGGGGCCGAUACAAUCAGCAGGGACAGGGAAGGACGCGGAGCGAGUGUUGGUGGAAGAAACGAAGGACAAAGAACCGCAGACGGGAGACAAAAGAAGGAGGGUAUCGUUCGCGCCGGAUGACGGAGAGAAAGAUGUAGCGGGAUCUAAUGCUGAAGGAGUCGAUGUCGAGAAGUAG